AUAGAAACAGUGGAGUCACUUUCUUUGUGUGAGAAAGUUUGUGUUGUGAUCCGUCAGAGCCUCUGUGUGUCCGGAUAAACCUGUCUGAAUGGACUUUGUGCUGUUCACCUUUUCUUUCUGGAUGUUUUACCUCUGACUCAUCUCCCGGUAGACUACAAACAUAUUCAAGUUAGCUUAGCAUGCUAGCUGGUUAGCACCACAGCGCUAGUCAGAGUGACUGUUUGAUGGAGAGCAAACUGUGUUUCUGACGGAGUUUGUGUGGAGAAAAAGUUGGUGUCACUGUGUGAAAAAUGUCUAAAGUCCAAACGGUGAGAGCGCUGGUGGAGCAGCGACUGACUGCGGCUGCUGAAGAGAUAUUUGGGCUGUUUGAAAGAACGAUAGCAGAGUACGAGGAGCAACUUUGUCGUUCAAAAGAGAAGAACAAGCGACAACAGAAACUACUGGGCGCUGUUUUCAACCCUCAGAUUCACUUACACAGAGCAGACGUCCAGCAGCUGUUGGUGGUUAAAGAGGAGUUUCCCUCUGAGCAACAGGAGAGGAGCUCCACUCUGGACCAGGAGGACCCAGAGCCCCCACACAUUAAAGAAGAACAGGAGGAACCUUGGACCAGUCAGCAGGGAGAGCAGCUUCAGGGGCUGGAGGAGGCUGAUAUCACCAAGUUCACAUUCACUCCUGUCCCUGUGAAAAGUGAAGAAGAUGAAGAGAAACCUCAGUCAACACAGACUGAACAGAUGGAAACAGAAGCUGAUGUAGAGGACUGUGAAGGACCAGUACCAGACAGGAACUCUGAUCCAGAGCCACAUUUACAACCUGAUACUGGUGACGAGACUGCAGACUCUUCUGAACCUGAGACUGAUGACAGUGCUGAUUGGAAGGAGACCAGAGAACCUCAGUCAGGUUUGAACUGUUUGAAAAAAGAUGGAUGUCCUGUCAGAGAUUCCUCAUUUCGUGCUGGUGAGAAACGAUUUAGCUGCUCUGAGUGUGGGAAAAGAUUUGGCUCCAAGCGCAAUCUGGAGAGACACAAGAGACUCCACACAGGAGAGAGACCUUUCAGCUGCUUAAUUUGUAAGAAAACUUUUACACCGAGUGGACAUUUAAAGGCACACAUGAGACUCCACACAGGAGAGAAACCUUUCAGUUGCUCAGUUUGUAAGAAAACUUUUACAGAGAGUGGAACUUUAAAGGCACACAUGAGACGCCACACAGGAGAGAGACCUUUCAGCUGCUCAGUUUGUAAGAAAACGUUUACACAGAGUGGAACUUUAAAGAGACACAUGAGACUUCACACAGGAGAGAAACCUUUCAGCUGCUCAGUUUGUAAGAAAACUUUUUCAGUGAGUGGAACCUUAAAGACACACAUGAGACUCCACACCGGAGAGAGACCUUUCAGCUGCUCAGUUUGUAAGAAAACUUUUACACUGAGUGGACAUUUAAAGGCACACAUGAGACUCCACACAGGAGAGAGACCUUUCAGUUGCUCAGUUUGUAAGAAAACUUUUACAGAGAGUGGAACUUUAAAGUCACACAUGAGACUCCACAUAGGAGAGAAACCUUUCAGCUGCUAAGUUUGUAAGAAAACUUUCACAGAGAAUAGAACUUUAAAGGCACACAUGAGACUCCACACAGGAGAGAGACCUUUCAGUUGCUCAGUUUGUAAGAAAACUUUUACAGAGAGUGGAACUUUAAAGUCACACAUGAGACUCCACACAGGGGAGAAACCUUUCAGCUGCUCAGUUUGUAAGAAAACUUUCACAGAGAGUAGAACUUUAAAGGCACACUUGAGACUCCACACAGGAGAGAAACUUUUCAGCUGCUCAGUUUGUAAGAAAACUUUUACAGAGAGUGGAACUUUAAAGUCACACAAGAGACUCCACAUAGGAGAGAGACAUUUCAGCUGCUCAGUUUGUAAGAAAACUUUUUCACGGAGUGGGCAUUUAAAGAGACACAUGAGAGUCCACGCAUGAGAGAAACCUUUCAUAAAUGUGCUGGCCACUCAUCCUCAAAGUUUCAUCAAACUGAGGAGAACAAAGAGGCAGAGCCUCCAGCCAGCAGCCACAUGAAAAGAUGCAAACCUCUUUUUCGAUCUUUUUAAAGGACUCGAUAAACUAUUACAAGUCUUUUUUAAAUGCUUUAAAGCUUGUAGUAACUUUUAUAAAUAUUAAUUCUGUGUGUAUGAAAUUUACCUACAAUACAAUUAAACAACACUUUCUUUUCCAUGAUGUUAUAUGAUAUUCAUUUCCUUUCUGUUCAUUUUUGUUUUGUUUUACAAAACGAAAGUUCACAAACUGAUAUUUUACUUCAAUAUUUGAUUGUAGAAGUGUAACAGUGACAACUUAAUUUUUUUCUAACAGCAAUACAAAAUAAAAGCAUUCUUGGUUUACCAAAGUUGCCUGAAAGUUGUCCCUUCUUCAGUUUGUGGUUCAAGAAUAG